UAAGGUUUUAAGCUUCUGCGGAUCACUGAACUCUCUCCACCCUUUCACUCUUCUUCUUGGGCGUGUAUGCUGGUCCACUUCUGUGAUGCGGGGACGCCGAUUACGGAUUAAAACUAAUAAAUGGAGAAAUCUGCAGGAGGUAACCGAGUGUUUGAUUUCGCACCUCCUAUAGAAGGUUUGGCUGGAGGGGGCACUGCUUAUGGAUGGAGUGAUGGCGGCCUUCAGGAUUCAGUUUUUAACUCUGGUGAAGUCGAUCCCACUAGAGUUCCAGCAGCAGAUUUGUUACAUGUAUGGUCCAUGCCAAGCACAGCUAAUGUUGGACAACAAGAAAUGCCUCGACCUUUGGAGAAUAUAUCUCUUUUGGCUGCAAGAAAUGAGAGAGAAAGUGUUCAAAUAGCUUUGCGCCCCAAAGUUUCUUGGGCUUAUUCUGGCAUUGCUGGUGCCAUACAGAUGCACUGUACUGACUUGUGCUCCUCUUCUGGUGAUAGGCUGGUGGUGGGACAGUCCUUAAUUUUGCGGCGCGUGGUGCCUAUUUUAGGUGUGCCUGAUGCUCUUGUACCUCUUGAUCUCCCAGUUUCUCAAAUAAACCUGCUUCCUGGCGAAACUACGGCAGUCUGGCUUUCUGUUGAUGUGCCUCCUGGACAGCCGCCAGGUCAUUACGAAGGACAAGUUUCCAUUAGUGCUGUGAAGGGUGAGCUGCGAUGUAAAGCAGAAUCUAUGCCUAAGUUAGAGAAGUCUGAACUAUAUAGACAACUUAAAAGCUGCCUUGAUUCAGUUGAUUCAGUUGAUUCAGUUGAUGGAAGAACAAUGGAUGAAUUGGUUGAGAGAGAAAAAUAUACCACAUCAGUUUUGAGAAGAGUACUUUUUUCACCGUUGUUCCAUGAACUUUCUUCUGGUAAUGGUUCAACAGAAAUGAUGGAUGAAGAUGAUUUGACAAAUCUUUCCAUACAAUUAAAGAUAAGCGUUACAGUGUGGGAUUUUACUCUUCCAAUAACACCUUCCCUUCCAGCUGUAAUUGGCGUAUCUGAAACUGUGAUUGAGGACCGCUUUAGGGUGAAACAUGGCACUGAUCUCUGGUUUGGUGCGUUAGAUCAGCAUUUUAGGUGGCUUCUUCAGUAUAGGAUCAGUCCUUUCUUUUGUAGAUGGGGUGAUAGUAUGUGUGUCUUAGCUUACACUUGUCCAUGGCCAGCGGAUCAUCCCAAGUCAGAUGAGUACUAUUCCGAUCUAAGAUUAGCGGCUUAUGCUGUACCUUAUUAUCCCGUUUUCUCUAGCAGUAGUGCUGGUGCAGAAAAAGAUUCCUUGCGGAAGGAGGUUGAGAUAUUGAAGAACAAGGCUCAUUGGAAAAAAGCUUACUUUUACUUGUGGGAUGAGCCAUUGAACAUGGAGCAGUAUGAAGUGAUUCGCAGCAUGUCUAGUGAGAUAAGGACUUAUGCAUCAGACGCACGCAUCCUUACAACUUAUUACUGUGGCCCUAGUGAUGCAAAUUAUGCUCCCGGUACCUUUGAGGCAUUUGUUAGAGUUCCAAAUCUUUUACGACCCCACACUCAAAUAUUUUGUACAAGUGAGUGGGUUCUUGGAGCUCGAGAGGAUUUGGUCAAGUCCAUUACUGCUGAGCUACAGCCAGAGAAUGGUGAGGAAUGGUGGACAUAUGUCUGUAUGGGCCCUUCUGAUCCGCACCCAAAUUUGCAUCUUGGCAUGCGUGGCACACAACAUCGUGCUGUGAUAUGGAGAGUCUGGAAAGAGGGCGGCACAGGCUUUCUUUAUUGGGGUGCAAAUUGUUAUGAUAAGGCAAUGGUUCCCAGUGCGGAGAUAAGAUUUCGGCGAGGUCUACCUCCAGGUGAUGGAGUCUUGUUUUAUCCUGGUGAAGUCUUUUCCUCGUCACAUGAACCAGUUGCUUCAGCCAGGCUUGAGAGGUUGCUUAGUGGUUUGCAGGACAUUGAAUACCUGGAGCUCUACUCAUCAAAAUUCGGGAGGCCAGCAAGUGUAGCUCUUCUAGAAAAAACGGGUGUCUAUAUCGGCCCUGAGCGCUACACCAUAGAUCACGCACCAGUGGAUUUGAUGCGAGCUGAGGUAUACCACACUUGCCAUUCUUAAACUAAGCCAAACAUUUACUGCACCAUUUUUUACUCUUUUUUAUAGUGAUUUUUCCCUCCAUCUUUUUGCACAUUACUAUGGAACUGUAACAAUCAUGAAUAUUGGCUUAAAAAAAAAAAGUUUAAUUUCUUAAAAAUUCUUGGAAUAAUUUAAUGCUAUUAUCUCCUCCAU